UGCGACAGACCCCUCGCCCCAGGAGCGUUUGUUCAGUGGAUUAUGUGAAAAGCCUCCUUUUCGUUUAUUCACAUAACGUACAAUGUGGAAGUCAUAUUGGGAUUAACUUGACCCCUCGUUACUAACUUCACGACAUGUGUUUGGCCAAUUAAGCCCCGAUGCAAUGCGCAGUCGCAGACAUGCAGUGGAAAACUUGUUCUCUUUUAGCUUUACUUCUUAACAUUACCAGCACUUUAGCAACUUCAUACGUCAUCGCAGUUGAUGUGGAGAGACCAGUAGGAGGUCUUAAACAGUUCUGGAGGAGCACUGGUUUCUGUCCCCCGCUCCCUCACACCCAGGCCUCCCAGUUUGACCUGAGCAUAGACCAGCAGCUGAACCUGGCCUAUGUGGGCUCAGUCCCCCAUGGAGGGAUCCAGCAGGUCCGGAUACACUGGAUGUUGGAGUUGGUUACUGCACGAGAUAUUGGAGGGCAACCCCAGUACGACUUCACUAAACUAGACCAGCUGAUAGAACUCUUGUGGAUUAAUGGACUCCGACCAGGUUUUGAACUGAUGGGCAGUGUGUCUAACUAUUUCACUGACUUUGAGGACAAAUCACAAGUGGUCAAGUGGAGAAAUCUGGUUUAUCUGAUGGCGAAGAGGUACAUCGGCAAGUACGGCCUGGGAAGCGUCUCUCAGUGGAACUUUGAAACAUGGAAUGAGCCCAACAACCACGACUUUGAUAAUGUCAGCGUGUCAAUUCAAGGCUUUCUAAACUACUAUGAUGCUUGUUCGGAGGGCCUGCGUGCUGCCAGCAGCCUCCUGAGGUUUGGGGGUCCAGGAGACUCCUGUCAUUCUCCCCCACACUCCCCGUACUGCUGGGCCAUGCUGCAGCACUGCUACAACGGCACCAAUUACUUCACUGGAGAGACAGGGGUCCGGAUCGAUUACAUCGCCCUGCACAAAAAGGGAGGAGGCUACUCCUUGCCCAUCCUCCAGCAGGAGAUCCAGACAGUGGGGGAGAUCCGAAAGCGUUUCCCCCGUUUCAGCAGCCUCCCUGUUUACAAUGAUGAGGCAGACCCACUGGUGGGCUGGUCCAGGCCUCAGGAGUGGAGGGCUGAUGUAACCUACGCUGCGAUGGUGGUGAAGGUGAUAAACCAGCACCAGGAUCUGCUGCUGGCUGACCCAAACUGCACCAUCAACUACACCCUGCUCAGCAACGACAACGCCUUCCUCAGCUACCACCCACACCCCUUCACCCAGCGCACGCUGACGGCCCGCUUCCAGGUCAACAACACCGAGCCACCUCACGUCCAGCUGAUCAGGAAGCCUGUCCUCGCUGUCAUGGGCCUGCUGGCUUUGCUAGGAGAGACCCAGAUCCUGGCUCAGGUUUUGAGCUCAGCAGGAAGCAACAACAGCACGGUGGGCGUUAUGGCCAGCAGCCAUAAACCUGUAAUACCAGGAGGCUCAGACAGCUGGCAGGCAGCAUUGAUGAUCUACAACAGUGACGACAACAGCACCUCCACUAACACUGAUGACGUCACCAUUUCACUAAAAGGAUUGGCUGUGCAGAAGGGUCUCAUGUAUAUCACGUAUUACAUUGACAACAACGUAACCAACCCAUACCAGCUGUGGCAGAGCAUGGGCAGCCCCGACUACCCAACAGCAGAACAGUUCAGACGCCUCAGGAGUGUGCAGGACCCUCACGGUAAAGGACCCUGGGAACUUCCUGCAGCGGACACUCUGACUCUAAAAGCCAAACUGUCUGUGCCGUCCGUCCUCCUCGUCCAUGUUUGUGCCCGGCCCAAAGUGGAGCCAGACCAGAUCAAUGGAUUACACUUCAUCCGGAUCACGAAAGGCCAAGUCCUGAUUAUCUGGUCAGACCACUGUGUCGAUUCCAAAUGCAUUAAGACAUUUGAAGUGGAGUUCUCCACAGACCACAGGGAGUUCAGCCGAAUUAAUACUCCAAACACCAUCUUUACUUCUUAUGUUUAUUCACCAGUGGACCAGGAGGUCUGCGGCUGGUACAGAGUCCGGGCUGUGGACUACUGGGGAAGGCCCGGCCAGUACUCGCUGCCAGAGAGGUACUCAGGGGAGCACUAGACCAAUAUCAAGUCUGGUAGCAUUCAUAUUAUGUUUGUAAAUACUUUUGUACUAUGUAAAUACAUGUUAUAGAGACCAAUGUGCUGAUUAUAUAUAAUAGACAUUAUGGACAAUUUCUGGUCUGCCCACUCUCAUUAUAAGCAUAUAUGUGUUAUUCAUCUGAUCUAAUUCACAGUAAUACAGGCAUCCCCGGUUUUUAUAGUGUAUAGUUGUGGUUGCAAUUUAAAAGACUUUGAGAUUGUCAGAUAAAAGUGAUUAAAUACAAGUAUCAUCUCAAAUAAAUAAAUUUCUGAAGCAGUA